AUGGCCGUUAAUCCUCUGGCGGUGGGUGUGCCGACUGCGUCGCUGUACGUCGGAGACCUUAAUCCGUACAUCACCGAUGGCCAGCUGUACGAUGCUUUCAGUCAGUUCAAGUCCAUCACGUCCGUACGGGUCUGUAGGGACUCCACCGACGGCCAUUCUCUCUGCUACGGCUACAUCAACUUCAUCAACCCGCAAGAAGCAAUUCGAGCUAUUGAGGUGAAGAAUAACUCUGAGGUGCAUGGAAAGGUGAUAAGGGUCAUGUGGUCGCAUCGUGAUCCUGAUGCGAGAAGAAGUGGAAUUGGGAAUGUGUUUGUCAAGAACUUGAGCGAAUCGAUUGAUAAUGUAGGGCUUCAAGAUAUGUUUAAGAAAUUUGGAAAUAUAUUGUCUUGCAAAGUCGCCACGUUUGAUGAUGGGAAGAGUAAAGGCUAUGGCUUUGUUCAGUUUGAGUCUGAGGAAUCUGCAAUUGCUGCUAUUGAGAACCUAAAUGGCUCCACUGUGGGAGACAAACCUCUGUAUGUUGCCAAAUUUAUUAGAAAGAGCGAUCGAGUUUUGGCCAAUCCUGAUAUGAAAUAUACAAAUUUGUACAUGAAGAAUUUGGAUACAAAUGUCAGGGAAGAGCUUGUGGAGGAAAAGUUCUCCGAAUUCGGGAAAAUUGUUAGCUUCACUAUUACAAAGGAUGACAAUGGGAACUCUAGAGGUUUUGGAUUUGUGAACUUUGAGAACCCAGAUGAUGCUCGACGAGCAAUGGAGGCAAUGAAUGGAUCACAACUGGGCUCCAAGGUUCUGUAUGUAGCAAGGGCACAGAAGAAGGCAGAGCGUGAGCAAAUGUUGCGUCGGCAAUUUGAGGAGAAACGAAAGGAGCAAAUGGUGAAAUUCAAGGGAUCAAAUGUGUAUGUGAAGAACAUUGAUGAUGAUGUCACUGAUGAAGAGCUGGUAGAACACUUCAGUCAGUGUGGCACAAUUACUUCUGCAAAGAUUAUGCGAGAUGAGAAAGGAAUAAGCAAAGGGUUUGGUUUUGUUUGCUUCUCUACCCCUGAGGAGGGCAAUAAGGCUGUGAAUACUUUUCAUGGAUAUAUGUUUCAUCGGAAGCCAUUGUAUGUGGCUAUUGCUCAAAGGAAAGAGGAAAGACAAGCACAGCUGCAGCUUCAAUAUGCACAGCGUAUGGCAGGACUUGCUGGUCCUUCAACAGCAGUCAUUCCUGGUGGAUACCCUCCUAUCUAUUAUCAAGCUCCCUCUGGUGUUGUUCCACAAGUACCUCCUCGUCCGGGACUGAUGUAUCAGCCUUUGGGAUUGAGGCCAGGAUGGAGAGCCAACGGCUUUGCACCUACGUCUGGGCCAGCCUAUCAACCACCACCGGUUUCUGUUAUGCCAAGACAACAUAGGCAAAACAGGGGAAGAAUGAACGGCCAUAUACUUCCUCAGGGAAGUGCAUAUAUGCCACAUUUACAACAGUCCACUCAGCUGUCACACUCAGCAAAAGAUUCAAACAAUCAGCAGCGGACGGGGCAGGCUAAGUAUGUUCCUAAUGGUCGCCAACGCGACGUGAACAAAGGAUCAGGAGUCUCAACUAAUGCUUCCAAUUCUGUUGGAGGUGGGUCUCAAGGACCAGAGAUGCUGAGUAGCAUGCUUGCUGCUGCUUCUCCUGAGCAGCAGAAACAGAUACUUGGCGAGCAUCUCUACCCACUCGUCCAUAAACAUAAGCCCGACCUUGCCUCAAAAAUUACAGGGAUGCUGCUGGAGAUGGACAACUCAGAAUUGCUGCUUUUAUUGGAGUCACCAGAUUCUUUGGCUGCCAAAGUGGGAGAAGCUGUUCAGGUGCUCAAGAUCUCCAAGACUAAAGUGUCUAACAAAGAUGCCAUUCAUCCCAGUUUUCUUUCUGCUGAGGUCGCGGUCAACUGA